UUUUUUCUCCUUCCUAAACUUUAAAUAUUACCAUGGUUCAAAAUAUUGAUCAAAGAGCAAUCAACACCGUUCGUUGUCUUGCAGCUGAUGUCGUCAAGGGCGCUAACUCUGGUCAUCCUGGUGCUCCCAUGGGUUGUGCUCCUAUCGCUCACGUCUUGUUCAACAAGUUCAUGACCUAUAACCCCAAGAACCCCAAGUUCAUUAACCGCGACCGUUUUGUUCUCUCUAAUGGUCACGCUUGUGCCCUUCAAUACAUCAUGCUCCACAUUGCUGGUUACGAUGUUUCCAUUGAAGACUUGAAGCAAUUCCGUCAACUCGACUCCAAGACUCCUGGUCACCCUGAAGUUAACGAUACUCCUGGUAUUGAAGUCACCACUGGUCCUUUAGGUCAAGGUAUUUCCAACGCUGUUGGUUUGGCUGCUGCUGAAGCUCACUUGGCUGCCACUUUCAACAAGCCUGGUUAUGAAAUCUUCAACAAUUAUACCUACUGUCUCUUGGGUGAUGGUUGUCUCCAAGAAGGUGUCUCUGCUGAAGCUAUUUCUCUUGCCGGUCACUGGAAGCUUGGUAAAUUGAUUGCUCUCUAUGAUGACAAUGCUAUCACCAUCGAUGGUUCCACUGAAGUUUCUUUCACUGAAGACGUUCUCAAGCGUUUUGAAUCUUAUGGCUGGCACACCAUCAUCGUCGGUGACGGUGAUAGCGACAUUGCCUCUAUCCAAAAGGCUAUUGAAGAAGCUCAAUCUGUCACUGAUAAGCCUACUCUUAUUAAGGUCAAGACCACCAUUGGUUACGGUUCUUUGAACCAAGGUGAAGAAAAGGUCCACGGUGCUCCUCUUUCUGACGACGAUAUCAAGCAAGUCAAGGAGAAGUUCGGUUUCAGCCCUGAAGAAAAGUACGUUGUUCCUCAAGAAGUCUACGACGUAUAUGCUGCCCACGCUGCUGAAGGUGCCAAGGCUGAAGAAGCCUGGAACGCUCUCUUUGCCAAGUACAAAGCCGAAUUCCCUCAAGAAGCUGCUGAAGUUGAACGUCGUUUCUCUGGUAAGCUUCCUGAAGGUUGGGAAGCCGCUCUCCCUCGCUUCACUCCUGCUGAUGCUCCUGUCGCUACCCGUAAGUUGUCUGAAGGUGUCUUGACUGCCCUUUCCGAUGUUCUCCCUGAAUUGUUGGGUGGUUCUGCUGAUUUGACUGGUUCCAACCUUACUCGUUGGAAGAAGGCUGUUGAUUUCCAACACCCCUCUACUAACCUUGGUGACUACACCGGUCGUUACUUCCGUUAUGGUGUUCGUGAACACGGUAUGUUUGCCAUCAUGAAUGGUUUGAACGCCUAUGGUGGUAACAUCCCUUACGGUGGUACCUUCUUGAACUUCCUUACCUACGGUUGGGGUGCUGCUCGUCUCUCUGCUUUAUCUCACUUCCGUGUCAUCUAUGUCAUGACUCACGACUCUAUCGGUCUCGGUGAAGACGGUCCUACUCACCAGCCUAUCGAAACCUUGGUCUUGACUCGUGCUACUCCUAACAUGCUUACUUUCCGUCCUGCCGAUGGUAAUGAAGUCUCUGGUACUUACUUGGUUGCUCUUGAAAACCAACACCGUCCUUCCGUGAUUGCUCUCUCUCGUCAAAACUUGCCUCAACUCCAAGGUUCUUCUGUUGAAGCUGUUCGUCGUGGUGGUUACGUUCUUCAAGAUGCUGAAAAUGCCAAGUUGAUUUUGGUUGCCACUGGUUCUGAAGUCUCUUUGGCUGUUGAUGCUGCCAAGGAACUUGCUGCCCAAGGUAUCCCUACCCGUGUUGUCUCCAUGCCUUGUACCGAAAUCUACGAUGAACAACCUGAAGAAUACAAGAAGUCUGUUCUUUCUCCUGGUAUCCCCACCAUCUCUAUUGAAGCUCUUGGUGUCACUGGUUGGGAACGUUACUCCCAUGCUCAAGUUGGUAUGAGAACUUUCGGUGCCUCUGCCCCUAUCAAGCAAUUGUACAACAAGUUCGGUAUCACCGUUGAAGCUACUAUUGCAAAGGCUAAGAGUGUCCUUGCUUACUACGAAAAGGCUGGUUACGUCCCUGAAGUUGGUCUUGAAUUUUAAGCAUUUUCUCUUUAUCAAAAAUGAAUAGACAAAAAAGAAGUUUAUCAUUUUGUUAUAAAAUACAUAUCUCCUGUAACAUGCAAAAAUACAAUCUACAUAUAUUCAAAUAAAAUGCAUACAUUUAUAAAGU